ACGUCAAACGCGUCUUGACCUACUUGUUGCCAUGGUAACCCACAGAGAUCGAAGGGGACCCUCAAACAGUCUAGAUUAGCUAGCUAACUAGCUAGCUGGCUGGCUAAAUUGAGCCAUGGCUAGUUCACAGAAAAUCAAAAGCUUUUCUUGGCGAACCGAGGACGAGGAGAGCAGAACGACCAUGUUUGAUGUGUGUCACGGGGAAGUGAGAGAGAAGAUCGUGCUACAGCGGCUGAUAGUGAUUGCUCGGCUCCCCCCCGAUGCUGACCCGACAGAAGUGGGAGCUUAUUAUGAAAAACUCAACUUUCGGCUGAGCAAACAGUACAUAUGGGAUCACAUGACGGGCCUGCUGUUAAUUUAUCCAUCCUGUCUGCUGCAUGUCGUUGAAUCAUCCAGGGAGGUUCUGGUUUCUGUUUUGAAAGACCUUAAAGACACGCAACAACAGCCAGACGGCACCUUGCUGGAAGCUGCCAAGGUUGUGUUCAUGGCACAUAACCCUCCGAGCAGGCUGUUCCAACAGUGGAGCUACAAGGUGCUCGGUGCAGACCUGGGACGGAUGACUAAGGGACGUGAUGAAGAGGACGAGCGCACGGAGACUCUAGUUUGUACUGUCCUGUCAGCGCUGCAGAACCUGGGCGAACGUCUUAAAAUAUCCAAGGCUGUCCCUGGGUCAGGACUGGACACGUCUCCGGAGGUCUCUCAGUUUGUUGAGAAUGUCUCUCAGGACGUUCUCAAUAAACUUUUGGCUCGAGAGGAGCUCAUGACUCCGCAACAACACCUCCAGAUGUUCAACUCCCCAUUAAACAUCAGCAUGGACUUUGGACAAGUCAUACGAAGCGGCUGCCUCACUACAGUUUAACACUUUGGACAAAAGGUCUGAGGAUGUGUUUGGCCUUCAGUAAAGCACCAUGGAUGUGACUGAAGGCUUCCAAGCAGAUAGAAAUCACUGUGACAGUUUUACACCAGCAUUUAAUAAACUACAGCACUUCUUUUUUUGUUGUUCUUCAAUAUCUUUCUUUUUUUUAAAAUGUGUUUUAGUGAAAUAACAUGUGACACAAUUUAUUUAAAAAGCACAGAAAAUCCAAGUAAUAUAAAAACAUUUUUAAUAGUUUCAACAUUCGGAUGAGGUUAAUUUUAUUUCUAUCUUACUGUACACUGUGUUCCACUUGGUGACCGGGAGACAGCGUGUCCAAGAAAAGGCAUUUCCUCUUUAAUCCAAACUUUAAAGAGUCCACAGUGUCACGACAGCUCGACACAAAGAACUUUCAAGUCCAAAAAGUCUCGUACUUGAUCACUCAUGUGUUCCCUUUUUUAUUUUGGCCCCCAUUAGUUGGAAGUUAAACUUAAGCAACACAAAAAGAUGACUGGACAUGUACUUGCAAUGGCAGCAUGCACCACAGUGUAUUAUUCUACCAACUGGACGAGGAAACACAAACCUGUUUGCUGUAGGAUUUCAGUGUAAAGUCACAGGAACUUUUCAAGAUAUUUUAAGUCCUUUAAAAAGGGCGUUGAUUUCCUGACAUUGUUCUCUGUUCAGAGCCAGAUGUGCUUUUCUUAUUUGCUAUAUAGAAAAAGAGUGAAACGUGUCAAUGGAACACAGAAGAUACAUGGUAAAAAAGCAGUAAAUGAUGAAUGUUUUAAACAAACCGGUGGCGGAGUCGAUGGAGAGUUGGACUAAAAAAAACGUUGAGGGCAGCACUGAAUUCUUCUUCUUUUAUAAUGGUCGAUCUGUUCUUAUAAAAAAUAAAUACAAGCACAUUUAUAGAGGACCGAAGAUGAGACAUAUUUCAUAGGCAUGGUUAAAAAGCAUGCUGCUGAGUUUCACACGGGACAAUGUCGAAUCAAACACCCCAACUCCCCCUCCCUCCCUCCCUCCCUAAACCUGGUCAUAACACUCAAAUACCCCACCACCUUCUUCUACUGGAAACUAUGUCCACAACACACACAAUCCGCCUUUAUCACGAGCGAUGAGGUGAACAUCGUCUAUCACCGAUACAUUCCACCUAUUCAUGUAAAAAAAAAAGGCCUUCGUACUUUAGUGCUCAAAGGGCAUGCUUGCAAAAGCUGUAAUACUGGAAACUGUGUCUGGAAUCUCUCUCCCGACUGUCUCUGCUCGACAGGGCUAUUGUUAAUAAAGUUGUGUUUGACGAAUA